UAAACCUAGAUAACGGAACAAUUCUUGAUUUUGUCUAUCAGCGGAAACCAGAUACAUGACAUUUUGCCGACGAAUAUGUAAAAUACAAUUAGAAACGCUGGGUGUUUUACUGUGUGGCGUAAGGGAAAUCCUGGUCACCACUCUCCAAACACAUUGAAGUGAGCUCUCCUGUUUCUCGGCAGGAUCUGUCUUCCAGUCGGGGAGAUGUCUCUGGCCCAGAGGGUUUUGCUGACCUGGGUCUUCACCCUGGUCUUUCUCAUCCUACUGGUGCUCAAACUGGACGGGAAGGUGCAGUGGAACUGGUUCCUCAUCUUCCUCCCCAUCUGGGUCUUUGACGGCAUCCUCAUCCUCAUGCUCGCCGUCAAGAUGGCGGGGCGCUGCAAACCUGGCUAUGAUCCGCGCAACGGCUCCCCAGACCUGCGUCUGCGCGCCUGGUACAUGACGGCCAUGUUGCUCAAGCUGGGCUUCUGCCUGACGCUGUGCGCCAAGCUGGAGAAGCUGGCCGACGUGAAGCUGACGUUCGUGUGUAUUCCGCUGUGGACGAUGUUACUGGGAGCGCUGGUGGAGCUGGGGCUCAAUAUCUUUCCUGAGAGGAGAGAGGCUUAAGAGAGGCGACAAGCUGUUGCAUCACAUCCCAGCAUGAAUCAUUGCACCAAGAGAGAACUGUUGUAAAAGCAGCUCAAGUGAAGUUGUGAAUUAGUUUGUGUCUCUAUCAGUGUGGACGAUGUUAGGAGCUUCGGUGUGACCUGGAAGCUCAAUGAGAAUCAAAUCAUUGUCUCAGACACUGAACGCUUAGACCAAGAGAGAGACUUCUUGCAAAAAUAAGAACUGAUGUGUGGUUAAUUUUAUACCUCAGUGAGAACUCUGGAGGAGUUGGGACUCUUGCAGGAGAAGAUUUCCACAUUACAGAUCAAAGUGGAACAGAUCCAGAGACAACACAUUUGAUACUUGCAGAAAAGCUCAGAAGGCUCGAAUAAUGGCUCUGUGUCUCAGUGCAAUGUUUGAAAAAUGGUUUGAGGUGAGCUGCUCUAACAAGCCCUCCUUCUAGGGCUGCUUGUGAGACUACUGUGAAACCUACACUGGAUUUGUGUUGUAUUUGAUGACAUUUUCUGCUGUAUGAUUUCAGAUUGUACAUAAGCUGGCACAGCUGCCAAAUACCGAUGCAAAGACAGCCUAGUCUUUGGCAAAUUCUUGGACAUCGUGGACAUUUAUUGCAUCUGGUGAUUGAAGUGGAAAUCAGAUAUUGGAGACAUUGGAUUGAAAGUCACAUCUUCUUGUUCCUGUGCAAGUUUUUAGCUUCAUAAGUGUAAAACAAGUCAUACUGCCGCUGCAGGCUCUCCAGGGCUUGAGUAUUACUGUUUAUUAAGACUUUAUAAUGUUGCUGUGUUGAUACCACCACGGCUGCACCGUUGCAUUUCACAAGUCAGUUUAAUAGUAAUAACAUGAGAUCAUGCAUGAAUGAAACUUGUUUUUGUGCCAUUUGGGCCGUGGCUAGUAUUUCAAGUACUUUCUUUGCAUUAUUUUGCACUGUGUUGAAAGGAAAAUGAGUGGCUAUUUUGAAAUGAAAAUAUUUGAUAUUAUUCAUGAAUGUAUGUCUUGUGAAAAUAAAUGGUUCGCUCCACACUAAA